GCUUCGAUACUUCCUUUUUUACGGACAAGCCAUCUACUACCAGGAUAGAGGUAUGGCACCGGCUAAAAUCGUUCGCAAUCUUCAAAGUUAUAUUUAUUAUUUAGCUUAAUGUACUUAAUCUUUAGAAAGAAAGGCAGUUUAUUUAAUAAUUUCAAUAUAGAUAUUGAUGCAUUUAAGUUUGAGAAUAAUUAAACCGGCAGUUGUAUAGUUAAGAUAAAUCUUUAUAAAUUUGCCAGCUAACCUCAGGUUUUCGUAACUUGUAGGCGUAGGGAUUAAAUUGUUUCAAAGUGUGUGUUGACACAAAUUAACAUCCUUAAUUUUAUUGAACGAAAAUGUUAAACAUAUCCUUGGUAAACCUAUAGCCUUUCUCACCAAGAACCGCUCAAGGUUUUUAUUAAUUUUACUUCUACUUUUUUGUAACAGGACAGUUGGAUUGAACAUUCAAGAUGGGUGCCUACAAGUACAUUCAAGAAAUUUACAGGAAAAAGCAGAGUGAUAUUAUGCGUUUCCUUAUCCGUGUAAGAUGUUGGCAAUACAGACAGCUUGCCUCCAUACACAGAGCAUCAAGAUCCACUCGCCCUGACAAGGCUCGCCGUCUUGGUUAUCGUGCAAAGCAAGGUAGGCAACUAACAUAUCAGUCACGUAGUUACAUUAAAAAAUAGGCUUACGCUUAUUUUUAGGCUUCCUUCAACAUCUAAUGCAAAGACUUGACAAUUAUAUAUUACUAAUUUUUUUAUUAGGCUCAUGACCAAUGUUCCUUCUAAGGUUUGUUGGUUCGUGCGCAAAAUCAUAAAGUUGUGUGCAAAUUUUUACAGCAUCAAUUUUUUUGUGCGCAAAAUUUUACAGCCUACAGACACUAAUACACUUAAGUGUAAAUUAGCUGCGCAAUACUCAAAACUGCUGCACAGCGUCUGAUUACUGCGCAGCCGGGCAGCUUAAAGGGAACAUUGCUCAUGACCAUAUUUAUUUGUAGCUUAACCAAAACUUUUUAAUUGCAGGUUAUGUUAUUUACCGUGUGCGAAUCAAGCGUGGUGGUCGUAAGCGACCUGUCCCAAAAGGUUGCACUUAUGGUAAACCCAAGACUCAUGGUGUUAACCAACUGAAAUUCCAGCGUAACCAAAGAAGCGUUGCUGAGGUAGGCCUUAAUUUAGGCUAGUUAAAAGUUAAAGCUUUUAUUUAUAUUUUUUCCUGUCCUGAAACUAAUCUGUGUGUAAAUGAUGAGUUUAUCACGAUGGUCUUCUGAAUUUGUUUUGAAGACAAUUUAAUCUCUCUGAUACAAACUUUCCAUGUCCCUUUCUAGUUAGUUACUUUAGGCCUAUUAUUAUAUCAGUAAUUGUGUAAACAGCGUGGGUUUUGCCAGGAGUUGUCUCACUCUAAUCCUAACACUGCCUUAGACUUGGGGUGACAGUACCAACAUUUGGACCUGAACGAUGAAAAUAACUUUCCCAUUUUUUAACUGAGCAUUAUUCGCACCCAAAGCAUAAUCUAGCAAAAGAAUUCAAAGAGAAAUUCAUACUUGCUGACACUUCAAGAUGAACACUGGGAAAAAGAUGCGGCUUGUUUCAGGUGCUGUUUUUUUGUUUGAAAACAAGAAGCCUGUAAGCUUUAUAUUUAUGUAGGUUCAAUUAUUUAAUCAUAAUUUUGUUGUUUAGACCCCUUUCUGUAUUUUCCAAACCUUUCUUAUAAUUAUAAGCAAAUGGGGGCCAGUUAAAUACACUAAUUCUUGAACCUUUCUCUCUUGCUGUAACAUGUUACAAAUGCUGACACAUUGAAUAUUGUUUGUGAUUUACAUUCAUUGUCUGCCAGAAGUAAAGUACCGAUAUUGUUGAAUUAACAUUUAGGCUGGGCAUGUUCCCAGCUUUUUCCACCUUGCAGCAUGAAAAGAUUUUAGUUCAAAUUCAACCAUUAUGCAGUGCUGCACUUGAUUUCAUUUUGACGACUAAACAUAUUUCCAAGGUCCCCCACAGAUUAAAAAAAUGCAAAUUAAUUUUUCUGCGUCUUCAUGCAACCUUGGUUCAGAAGCCCUGUUUUUGUAAGAACUGUUCUGUAGUGCAUUUGCAGGUUUUGGGGCCAACAAAUAUUAUAUAUAUACCGGUAGUAGUAAAAAAUUAUGUCCCCUUUCAUUCAUGACAUUACAUGGGCUCAAAUCAGUGUUUUGAAUUUUUUGUACCAAUAUCUCUCUUGUGCCUAUGCCCAUUAAAUGUUUGUGGUGGAAUAUUUACUUUCUUGUAUUUCAAAUGUACAUGAUGAGACUUAUCACGAUGGUCUUCUGAUUAAAAAUAAUUGAGGACACUUAACCUCUGAUACAUUUUAAAUAUAAGGAAAUUUGUACAAAUUUCUUAAUACAUUAGUUUUAAUUAUAAUAUAUACCGGUAUCAUACAUAUUUGUUUCUACAGGAGCGUGUUGGCAGAAAGUGUGGAGGCCUGCGUGUUUUGAACUCAUAUUGGGUUGGUCAAGAUUCAACUUACAAAUUCUUUGAGGUCAUUCUGGUUGAUCCUUUCCACAAAACCAUUCGCCGUGACCCUGCUAUUCAAUGGAUUUGCAACCCUGUUCACAAGCACAGAGAGCUACGUGGUCUUACAUCGGCUGGAAAAUCUUCCCGUGGUCUUGGCAAAGGUCAUCUUUUCAACAAGACUAUUGGUGGAUCAAGGAGAAGGAACUGGCGCAGAAACAAUACUGUUUCUAUGCGCCGAAAGCGUUAAAAAUAUCUUCUGCUUUUGUUGGUUUAUUGGCAGUGACAAUAAAACUUCAUUUGUAAUU